AUGCAGGAUGAAAGAAUUGCAAAGGCCACCAUCCCUGUUUUCGUCAAGCAGCUGAGGCUGAACUCUGAUCAUGUGAUUAGAAAUAAUAUCUUGAUUGUCAUAAGCGAUUUGUGCACAAGAUACACUUCUACUGUCGAUCGCUAUACUGCAGUCAUAGCUGCUUGUCUAAAAGAUAGAUCUACGUUGAUACGUCACCAAUGUCUUGAGUCGUUGACUUCUUUGAUUAACGAACGCUUUAUCAAAUGGGAAGGCGAGGUUAUGUACCAGUUUUUGUCAACAAUUCUGGAUGAAGAUAGGAGGAUUAGCGACUACGCAAAGUUUUGCCUACUCGACGUCCUUUUGCCACAGUAUCCAGAUCUUUUUGUGAGUCAUUUCAUCGAAUGUCUUAUGCAUUUCAAUGCCGUUUCCAUAGAUCAUGAUAGAGAAGCCCAAGAUUCUGAUCAUUCACAAAAAUCUUGCCUGCAUGGAAUCUUGUUCUUAUAUCUUUCAAAUGUCGCUAAAGCUAUUGUCUUCCAGCUCAGCACCUUUGAUGACACCCGCAAACUUACGUUGAUGUCUCAAAUCUGUACACAAGUUUUUUGUCCCUUGAUGAAUGGGAAGCUAAAAUAUGAGAACAAAAAUGUACAAGCGCUGGUGAAAGACGCUUUGACGGUAAUGUCCUUAAGCGAGAUGAAGUUGAACGCGGACCUUGGUACAGACCCCAACGAAGAGGAAGAUCCACCUGCAGCUGUUAUUGCCGUCGCAAAGGAAAUCAUUACAAAAGCAUUUCGCACAGCUAUGCUUGAAUAUGUUAUGCCGACACUUCUGGAUUUGCGUAUCUAUCUUACCGAGCGUCGUUCAGAAUUACGAAGGGAGCUUUAUGAUAUCCUUCGCGCAAUCUGCCGUGACCACAAGGAUCACAUGGACCUUUUCUUGGGAGGCGACGAACAACUAAAAGCUGAAGUGGAAUUUGAAAUGCGCAAGAUGAAAGUGAGUUUUUGA